AUGUCCGAGUGCAAAAUCCAGCUGCCCAACGGAUGCCUGUCCCGUUGGUAUCUUGUGCUCUCAGCAUCAACUCCACAGACUGGCUCCAAGGAGCCAGAGAAUGAGCAGAAGCUCGCGGCACAAGUCCCCGAAUCGCCAACCACAGAUGUUCCGGAGGGAAUCUCUGUGAUCUUUGGAAGGGGCUUCAGGGCUGACAGAAAGGAAACGUGGCAGGCAAUCCUCCAAGAACUGAUCCAACAAGAGGAGUGGAAGAGCACUGGCCUCACCGACCUGAUGAACCCGCGCUACGACGAGUUUUCAUUCUUACCUCCCUCCGAGGGCAAGGUGUCCAGCGAAGGUUUGGAGAAAGCCAUCUCCAUUCUUUCAGGAUGUGGCUUCAUGCCGCUUUCGCUUGAGGCCGACAAGGCCUAA